AUGGAUUCCCGCACUCUGCAAGAUCAGCCAUUGAGCCAAGACGACUCUUACUCGUCAUUCAGAUUGGCCGAUUGGUUGGUGCAAGACGCGAUCGACACUCGUAGCGAGCAGCUCUCUGCGCCAACUCCUACGAGCGAGAUCGAGGCCGUUCACGAUAGGAUCGCAGUUCACCAUAGUCUAGCACGGGAUCGCUCGGGCUCGCUACCGCUCCUUCAACUGGCCGACUGGAGCGCAGACGUGGCCUAUAACGAAUGUCCGCCUACAUGCAUCCACUACUCAAUUGAGUGGAAGCUGACGGUAAACGGUAGGGUUGCCGCGAAAGACACUGAACAGAACCUCGUGCUUGCCCCUAAUGCAUAC